UGUUUGCACCAUUGACUUUGUGUACAUGUGCUACGUCAUCGAUGUAAUAAAAUUGUAAGGGAUUAAUAUUUACACUUGCCGAUGUUUGUAAAUGUCAAUUAGUGCCAAUUAGGAUUUAUACUUUAUGACAAUAGCGGUUUAAAUGAUGUGCACUGAUGACAAAUGAACUUAAUUGGGUGUGAUUAGCGCGAAGUUAGCGAGAAGGGCAAGUGCGAAUCACAGUUCCAGGUUUGUUGUUUUUUUUUAUUUCAGAAAUGCUUCCAUUAUUAUUUUUUCUUCGAACGGUUCACAUCAAUAUUCUAUAUACGAGAUAUUUUGGAUUCUGUUGAAUAGUAAUCAUGCUUUCUACGUGGCUUCUGCGGGAUUCCCCAGGCCUGAAACGUAAAGCUGACGGUGUUGAAAGUGAUGACAUGAUCGACAGUUCAAAUAAGAAAUCAUUCAAAAAGUCAAAUUAUCAAAAUAAUUUCAGUUGGUACAAUGAAGAUGCAGAUAAAAAUUGGCACUGCGAAGUUUGUAGAGGUGCUAAGUUGGACAACGCCUACGCCCGUGGACAUGACCAACCAGCAAAAACAACCAAUCAUCAGAGACAUGGCUUGUCAAAUCAGCACAAGGCCGCCUUGGAAAAGACAGUUCUGAGUUCCCAGGAACCCAUGAAGAAAAUUGUACUGGCCAAACUGUCCAAGGAUGACAAGCUUGGGGUCAAGCUCCUUAAGACUGCCUACCACCUGGCCAAGCGGGAGCUCCCCAAGGUGGAAUUUCAGUACCACCUCCAGCUUGCCGGGGCCAUAGGUGCUGAACUCGGCUGA